CAUUGGGUGCAUAUUGCCCAUUAGCCACCUUCAAUGUGACUACAGGUCUUUGUGAUCCAUACCAAUACCAGCUUCCCUCUGGGGAAACAGAUCAUAGUUGUGGUGGUGCAGACAUCUGGGCUGACGUUGAUCAUAGUAGUGAUCUAUUCUGCCCAGCAGGUUACUUCUGUCCAAGCACUGUAUUGAAAAACAACUGUAGCAGUGGGCACUAUUGCCGUAUGGGGUCUACAUAUGAAAAAAGUUGCUUCAAGUCUAGCUCAUGCAAUGCAAAUUCCUAUAAUCAAAAUAUCACAAUUUUUGGUGCUUUAGUGAUGGUUGCUUUAAUUUUGCUGUUGUUGAUAAUAUACAAUUUCUCUGAUCACAUUCUCUCAUACCGGGAAAGAAGACGGGCUGAAUCCAGGGAAGCUGCUGCCAAGGUUGCUAGAGAAGCUGUGCAAGCUCGUGAAAGGUGGAAAACUGCAAAAAAUGUUGCAAUCAGGCAUGCAGUUGAUAUCCAAAAACAGAUAUCUGGGACAUUUUCACACAAAAUAUCCAAUGAACUUCAAGAGCCACAAAAUGUUGCUGAUAUAUCCAGGCAGUCUUCAGAUGUAUUAACAUCAGAGAUUGAGGAAAUAUCUAUUCUUCAUAAUGUGCCAAAUUCAUCAGAAAAGAACUUUGAGAAAGCUGAAGGUCCCCAUUCAAAUAUUGGGGGCAAAACCCCUAAGAAGAACACAAUUAAAGACAAAUUUAAGCAUACUCGUACUCAAAUUUUCAAGUUUGCAUAUAGUGAAAUUGAAAAAGAGAAAGUUGAACAACAGGAAAAUAAGAAGUUGACCUUCUCAGGAGUAAUCUCAAUGGCCACAAAGAAUGAAGUAAGAACAAGACCAGUUAUAGAGAUUGCUUUCCAGGAUCUAACGUUAAUUCUUAAGAGAAGCAAGAAGCAACUUCUGAAGAGUGUAACUGGGAAAUUUAUUCCGGGACAUGUAACUGCAAUCAUGGGUCCAUCUGGUGCAGGGAAAACUACCUUUCUUACUGCUUUGGCUGGAAAAAUAUCUGGAUGUCAAACAACAGGAUCAGUUUUGAUAAAUGGAAAGGUUGAACCUAUCCAGUCAUACAAAAAGAUUAUUGGCUUUGUGCCACAAGAUGAUAUUGUUCAUGGAAACCUGACAGUGGAGGAAAAUCUUUGGUUCAGUGCUAACUGCAGACUUUCUGCAGAAAUGCCAAAAGUUAAUAAAGUUCUAAUUGUCGAACGAACAAUAGAAUCUUUGGGUUUGCAAGCUGUACGAAGUUCCUUGGUUGGAACAGUGGAGAAGCGUGGAAUAUCUGGUGGUCAAAGAAAGCGAGUAAAUGUGGGGUUAGAGAUGGUCAUGGAACCAUCUCUUUUGAUACUCGAUGAACCAACAUCUGGUCUGGACAGUACUUCAUCUCUUCUGCUGAUGAGAGCUCUUCGUCGUGAGGCACUUGAAGGGGUAAACAUCAGCAUGGUGGUCCACCAGCCCAGCUAUACUUUAUUCAACAUGUUCGAUGAUUUAAUACUUUUGGCAAAAGGUGGUUUAGUUGCAUAUCAAGGACCAGUUAAGAACGUUGAAGAAUACUUUGCAGGCCUAGAGAUUAAAGUUCCUGAUCGUGUCAAUCCUCCGGACUACUUUAUUGAUAUUCUAGAGGGCAUGGUAAAGUUGAGCACAAGUACAGGUAUUAAAUCUAGCCAGCUGCCAGUGAUAUGGAUGUUGCAUAACGGGUAUCCAGUACCCCCUGAUAUGAAAAAUGAGCUCAAUUCUGUCCAUUCAUCAUUUAGAGAUAGAACAAACUCUGUUAACAGUGGCUCAGAUGAGGUAUCUGGUUCUAUUGAUUUUUGGGGAGGUGUAAAAGGUGCGCUAGGAGAAAAGAAAGAACACUUGGAGAAUGUUUUUUCAAAAUCCAAAGAUUUAGCAAACCGAAGAACUCCUGGUAAACUUUACCAGUACAAGUAUUAUCUUGGAAGGGUAUCCAAGCAGCGAUUGCGUGAAGCUACAUCCCAAGCUGUGGAUUAUUUGAUUCUUGGUCUAGCUGGAGUUUGCUUAGGAAUACUUUCUAAAGCAAACGACUCAAAUUUAGGAGCAGCUAGUUACACGUACACUAUUAUAGCUGUUUCUCUCUUAGGUCAGAUUGGUGCUUUAAGGUCAUUUUCACUUGAAAAGCUGCAGUAUUUGAGAGAGAGAAGAUCUGGAAUGAGUUCUCUUGCUUAUUUUCUUGCAAGAGAUACAAUUGACCAUUUCAAUAUUGUAGUCAAGCCAAUAGUGUAUCUCUCAAUGUUCUAUUUCUUCAGCAACCCCAGGUCAUCAUUUGCAGACAACUAUAUCAUUAUGCUUGCCCUUCUCUAUUGUGUGACUGGUAUUGGUUAUACUUUUGCCAUCUGUUUCCAACCUGGUUCUGCCCAACUGUGGUCUGCCCUUCUUCCUGUCGUGUUAACUUUGAUAGCUACUCAGCGGCGAAAUUCACAAAUACUAGCAAAUUUAUGCUACCCAAAGUGGGCCUUGGAAGCUUUUGUCAUUGUGAAUGCAAAAAGGUACUACGGCGUGUGGCUUAUUACGCGGUGUGGAGUACUUCAAAAUUUUAACUACAACAUCAAUCAUUGGGGGCUUUGCUUAGGCGUCCUCUUUCUUUAUGGUUUCACUUUCCGCUGCAUUGCGUUCAUUUGCAUGGUGUUGCUGAACAAAAAAUGAGGAAGAAAGCUUCUCUACUUCUCCCUAAUUCAUCAGUGUACAUGAGCUUUACGUUUUCCAUUUAACUUAUGCCUAGGAUCGUCGAUACAAGCAUAGAAGAUGCUAUAGUACAUGUAUAUCUAUACGAUAGCAUUGUAAGCAAAAGAUGUAAAUCAUC